UGAGUUUUUAUUUUGAACCUAUAAAAAAGAGUAAAGUACCAACUCAGUCCCUAUCCAUUUUUCCGAAUGACAACACGACCCAUUUCGGUCCCUGACUCUGUGCUCCGUCUGUCAACGCGGUCCUUCUGUCACUUUCACGGCGAAAACUCGACGGAAAUUGCUAACUUGUGUAAGCGAGUGGAUGACAUGGAUGGCUUGGGUGGUUAUGUAGAAGAUGGAAGUCCACGUGGCUAGGUGAAAUGGAUAGGGUCUUUUUUGUCCUCAUCCAUAACACAAAAACGCCAUCGUUUUGAGGUUUUCAGGCGUCUUUAUUAGACGAGUCUGGUCAUCUAUCUCCCCUGUUUCGUGUAUGGAACCGAUACCACCAUGAGCAAUAGCAGAGAUCGUGGGAGGGGAAGAGAUGCAUCGAACGAUGAGGGUAGGAGUAUUUCUGUGAGCUCUGUUGGCAGUGCUGGAGCGAGGAAGAAGAAAAGAUUCGUUGCCCCAAAAUGCAAUUGUGGGAUUCAUGCAAUUCUAUUCAUGUCGUCAACACAGUCGAACCCUAAUAGGCUAUUCUUUGGAUGCCCAAAUUUCAAGACUGCAGAAUCUCAUUGCAAAUAUUUUUUAUGGCUGGAUGAAUAUAUUUUACUGUUUGAAGAUGAGCAAAUAAAUGAUGACAGUCUUUAUGGUCGGAAUCCAAAGCAAAAUCAUUUGUUGGAUGCAGCUGUUUCGAUGGAGGAGAAAGUGACUAAACUAGAGGACAGAGUUUCUGGGUUAAAGUUGCAGAUGAAAAAUUCUAGGCACGUUAAGUGUAAUAGGGGUUUUAGUUAGCCACUGAUGGCUGUUGUGUUUGUAUUUGGAGUUGUAUUUUUAAAUUAUCUCUGUUAAACUUGAUAGUAGAUAGUAAGUCUAUGAUGUUGUUUUUGUUUUGGAAGUGCCUGUUGCUGAAAUAGUUGUAUCACUUAACAGUGUAAAUCCAAAUUUAUUAAAUGAAAUAGGUGUGUUGGU